GUUACCUAAAAUACUUAAACAAACAAACAGCCCAGACCUGUUCCGUUUUCACUCCUGUAUAAAUAGCACAGACUUUCCAAAAAAGCAAGACCGCAUUUACUCUUAUCACCAGACACUACUUUCCACCGUGUAAUUCAGAAAAAGGCAGUCAGCUUCCGUGAGUGCGGGUAAUUUUUUUUUUCUUCUCUCUCUCUCUCUUUUUUUCUCUGUCUUUUUUUUUUUUUCUUUUGCUUGCGGUUUUGAGCUGCCAAGAAAGUGAAGGAGGGGUUUGACUGUAGUGUCUCGGCAGCGCUCGGUUUCUUUCCGAAGUUUAAUUUUCCGGAAUGGCUCCCAAACAAGGGCUGGGGAGGCGGAGCCGCCACUACCGGAUCUUCUCCUUUUUUGGAAAGUCUCGGAGAACCGGAAUUCCUCCCCGCCCCAAGAGACAGAGCUACCAUCGCUGCCCGUGGGUUCACCCACGGCAGCCGCGUCAGGGUCGGUGAUCGCGCCUUCCCCGCGCUGAACUCUGCAGUCCGGAGUCCCCGUUGCAGGCAGGGGCCGAGAGCUCCAGACCCGGGCGGUUGUCCACCGGCAGCGAAUCGUUCCGGGCGAGCUCGGCGGAGCCCGCGCAGCCAAGCCCGUAUGCAAAUUGGCCAUGUGACCGGCAAAAGCUACCAGGCCCAGCCCUGUUCCUCAGUCCAUAUAUGGGCAGCGACGUCACGGGUUAUUGAAGACCUGCCCAUAAAUACUCCGAGCCUAACACUUUCCGUCUGAGAGAGCAGCGAUUCAUUAAUUGCUGGGCGAGGGGACACACUGACUGUUAUAAUAACACUACAUCAGCAACUCCUGGCUCCCCAACAGCCGGAUCCCAGGCAGGAGAGAGUCAGUGGCAGAUAGCCAUUUUUUUUUCUUCCUUAAGAAGCCAACAACUUGGUUGCUAGUUUUAUUUCUGUUAGAAUUUUUUUUUUGUGUGUGUGUGGAUGUGUGGUGGUGGUGGUCUUUUCUAAGUGUGGAGGGCAAAAGGAGAUACCAUCCCAGGCUCAGUCCAACCCCUCUCCAAAAACGGCUUCUCUGGCACUCCAGCUGCCUGACAGCCUCUACCCGGUGGAAGACCUCGCCGCCCCGUCGGUGACCAUCUUCCCCAAUGGUGAACUGGGAGGCCCCUUUGAUCAGAUGAACGGAGUGGCUGGAGAUGGCAUGAUCAACAUUGACAUGACCGGAGAGAAGAGGCCCUUGGAUCUCCCAUAUCCGAGUAGCUUCGCUCCCAUCUCUGCGCCUAGAAACCAGACCUUCACUUACAUGGGCAAAUUCUCCAUUGACCCUCAGUACCCUGGUGCCAGCUGCUACCCAGAAGGCAUCAUCAAUAUUGUGAGUGCGGGCAUCUUGCAAGGGGUCACCCCUCCAGCUUCAACCACAGCCUCUUCCAGCGUCACCUCUGCCUCCCCCAACCCACUGGCCACGGGACCCCUGGGUGUGUGUACCAUGUCCCAGACUCAGCCUGAACUGGACCACCUCUACUCUCCACCACCACCUCCUCCUCCUUAUUCGGGCUGUACAGGAGACCUCUACCAGGAUCCUUCAGCAUUCUUAUCGCCGCCACCCACCACUUCCACCUCCUCUCUGGCCUACCAGCCACCUCCUUCCUACCCAUCCCCCAAGCCGGCUAUGGACCCAGGUCUCAUUCCUAUGAUCCCAGACUAUCCUGGAUUUUUUCCAUCUCCGUGCCAGAGAGAUCCACAUGGCGCGGCUGGCCCUGAUCGAAAGCCGUUCCCCUGCCCUCUGGACUCCCUGCGGGUCCCCCCUCCGCUCACGCCACUCUCCACCAUCCGUAAUUUUACUCUUGGGGGGCCCAGUGCUGGCGUCACGGGACCAGGGGCAAGUGGAGGCGGUGAGGGUCCCCGACUGCCUGGCAGUGGGUCUGCAGCAGUGACUGCUACCCCCUACAAUCCGCACCACCUGCCUUUAAGGCCCAUCCUGAGACCUCGAAAGUACCCCAACAGGCCCAGCAAGACGCCAGUGCACGAAAGGCCGUACCCCUGCCCAGCAGAGGGUUGCGACAGGAGGUUCUCACGCUCUGAUGAGCUGACCAGGCACAUCCGAAUCCACACCGGUCACAAGCCCUUCCAGUGUCGGAUCUGCAUGCGAAACUUCAGCCGAAGUGACCACCUCACCACUCACAUCCGCACCCACACCGGGGAGAAGCCCUUUGCCUGUGACUAUUGUGGCCGUAAGUUUGCCCGGAGUGACGAAAGGAAGCGCCACACCAAGAUCCACCUUCGCCAGAAGGAGAGGAAGAGCAGUGCCCCCUCGUCAUCUGCAUCCGCCCAGUCUUCAGCCUCUGGUCCUGGGGGCUCGCAGGCCGGGGGCAGCCUGUGCGGUAACAGCGCCAUUGGAGGACCACUGGCCUCCUGCACCUCUCGGACCAGGACCCCGUGAGAUGAAGCUCCAGCUGACACACCAGUUUCUUCAGGCCCCAGAGGCCCUCUAUCCACUCGAGCUGCAAACACUACCGCCCUUCUGUGUUCUUCCCCGUGAUCCCGUGAACCUGUGAUCCUGGGCAAAGGACCCUAAUGGAGCCCAGCUCUGUCCCACCUUCUCACAGACGGCCUUCUGAAAACUUAGGCCAUUUUAAAGGAGUUGACUGUCACUCCAAGAAAUGGGGAGCCAGAAGAGGGCUGGGCGAGGGCCCCUGGCCUACAGGGCUGUGCUCUAACCCUGACAGAGAGAUGUUUGACUAUGGUCUGCGAGCCCUUCCCUUUGACCCUCGAUGCCAGUUGCUCUGAGACUUUUUCUACAAUAGGUUGGGAGUUGUUGAUUCCUUUGAGCAAGGACAGCGAAAAAGACUAAAUUAAAGCAAAACCGAUGUGGCACUUUAAUGGCUUGGGACGGACUUGGGGUAGGGGUGGGGGGUUGUACAGUGAGCACAGUUUAGCCCUGGCCUGGCCGCAGCACUCUGUGGCCCUAGAACAGUGAAUGGAAGUUUCUCGAGCCAUCUCAGCCCUUAAGCAAUAUGUCCUAUAAACUCAAGAGAACGAACGGAAGUGCAAUGUCGGGAAGGACAAAGCAAUAUUGGCUCCUUUUUGUUGAGAAACAAAGAUUAUUUUUCCAGUGUAUAUCCAUUUAGAUUUUUGUGUAUUUUUUUUUUUUUGAUGUGCACUGUUCUCCGAGUUCUGAACCUUUGGGAAAAAAGUGUAAAACAUUUAUGAUCUCUUGAAUCGAGUCAAAAGUUAACUUAUUUAAAGGGGGGUGUACAUAGGAUGCAUGCAGUGGUGUUGCAAGUGUCCUCUGUGCCUUGUGUGAUGUGGGCAGUGUUACAGGGUCUGCAUGUGUACAGGAUGCCUUACUAUGAAAAAAAAAUCACUCCCUGGGUUUAAGUAUGGCUGUAUAUUUCUGCCUAUUAAUAUUUGGAAUUUUUUUAGAAAGUAUAUUUUUGUAUGCUCUGUUUUGUGACUUGAAAGUGUUACCUUCGCAGUCAAAUUUCAGAUGAGAGUGUGCUUAACGUCACUGCAGCUGACUUGUUUGGUUAUUAGCUCUUAAUAGUUGUGGAAAGAUUAAACAAUCUAUUCUAACACAGAACCACUAACUGGAGUUCAGAUAUCGGACGGCUUAUGGCAAUGGUGUAAAAUAAAUACUUUUCAACAAUA